AUGCCUCGAUAUUCUAGCUCGGUUGAUGGUGCCGAACUGUUUUAUCGCUAUUAUGCGCCAGAAGGCAGAACCCCGGCGCUCACAACACAAUUGCCUCAACCAACCAAGAGCCUGACUCUGGUUCUUCUUCACCAAUGGCCUCUCUCAUCCCGCAUGUACGAUUCGAUCCUGCUGCAACUUUGCGAGACCCACGGAUACCGUGUUAUUGCCCCUGACAGGCGAGGUUUUGGUAAGAGCGACUGGGCUGGACAACAGCCCAAGGCUCCCAUUAGCUACAAGGAGCUUGGGCAAGACUUGUCGGGUCUAUUGGAGAGAAUCCAGCCAGGGCCUUUUGUCUUUGUUGCCGCCAGCAUGAGCACGGGCGAAGCGCUUCUGGCGUAUCUUAAUAGCUCGUAUAUACAGGAAAACUGCCAGGUAACCUCCCCCCAAAAUCCAAGGGCUUUGCCACGGAGCGAAUGGGAUGCAACUCUCAUGUCUCUGAGACAGGAUAGGCCUAAUUUCAUCGCCAACGGCUUCAGGGGGCCUUUUGGAGUUGGAACAUCCGGUUCGGUUACCGAGAAACAGAUUGCGUUUUUCGAGAACAUCUUCUUCGACGCCGAUCCGAUCGCUGUUGAACGCUGCCUACAAAUCUAUACUCGCGAGGACCUGUCUGAGGGUAUCAAAAGGUUUGGGCAAAUCUUUCACAGACCGUUUCUUCUUAUUCACGGCGGAGGCGACGGUGGAGUGCCCGCUGAAGUGAGUGCGGAGCUUGUUCAGAAGUCGGUUCCUGGAGCGAAGCUGAUUAUAUAUGACGAAGGAGGACAUGUGCUAGUCCUUGCUUAUGCUGACCGUCUUGUAAACGACAUUAUACACUUUACAGAAGAUAUUGCGGGACGGAACUGA